UUCCAGUGACAGUAUAAAAGGCUCUGCGAAGACCUUCUAGGGUUUUGGUUAUUUGGCCGUCGCGGAAGAGCAGCUCUUAUCCAACUGAGAACUAGGGCCACCAGAGUUCCGCUGCCGUAGACGAUAACCAUGGGUCGUAUGCACAGUCGUGGUAAGGGUAUUUCUGCCUCUGCAUUGCCCUACAAGAGGACGCCGCCGAGUUGGCUCAAGAUCUCUUCUACUGAUGUUGAAGAUAAUAUCUGCAAAUUUGCGAAGAAGGGCCUAACCCCUUCUCAGAUUGGUGUGAUUCUUCGUGAUUCUCACGGUAUCGCUCAGGUCAGAAGUGUUACUGGAAGCAAAAUCUUGCGUAUUCUUAAGGCCCAUGGGCUCGCACCGGAGAUUCCAGAGGAUCUCUAUCACUUAAUCAAGAAAGCUGUCUCCAUCCGCAAGCAUUUGGAGAGGAACAGGAAGGACAAGGACUCCAAGUUCAGAUUGAUUCUUGUGGAGAGCAGAAUCCACAGACUUGCUCGCUACUACAAGAAAACCAAGAAGCUUCCACCAGUUUGGAAAUAUGAGUCAACAACUGCCAGCACCCUGGUUGCAUAAUUUUCAGUUAGAGUGAUUGGUGGCUAUAUGACUCCAUCUGUGAUUGACAUCAGUCGUUAUAAGGUCAGGUGGUCAGUGAGAGUUGUGGGUUGGUUUUUAUUUAUGGCAUCAGUUUUGACUUCUGUUUUUAUUAUGGAAUCUGUAGCUUCGAUCUGUGAUCGACUUCAGUCGGUCGGUCAUUUGUGAGGUCAGGUGAUUCAGUGAGAGUUGUGACUUAGUUUUUAUUUAUGACAUCAAUUUUGACUUCUGUUUUUAU